AUGCUGAACAAUUCCAUUCUUUUACUCACGCAUAUCUUUUCAACACAACAGAGCAAGAAUAACUCGAGGAAAAGCAAAACCAAAGCAAAAAUGGGAAAUAAUAAAAACAGACGUAAGAAUUCCAAUUCUGGUGGUGGUGCUAAUGAUUCUAGUCCCAGACGUAAUAGUAAUAAAGGAGGGAAAAGAGGUAAAGGAAGAAACGACAAUGAAGGAGAUCAAAAUAAAGGUAGGGUAUCCCAAGAAUUCUUAGAAUGUCGUAUUUGCGAGGGCAAAUACCAUUGGGAAUCAGAUUGUCGCAAGAAUCCCGCUGGAGAGGGCAAGAGAGGGAAGGAUUCAUCAGGGUGUAGAGAGUGUGGGGGAAAUCAUUGGGAAGAUCAGUGUCGGACAUGGAAAUCGAAAAAUGGUGGGAAUGGAAAUGGCAAUGGGAAUCAUAAAAGUAAUGGACAAGCAGACUCAAGCUCAAGUUCGGAUUCGGGAGAAUGCCUCGCACCAACUGGUGAAGAUGUAACCCAAUUUUUCCCAAAUGGGAAAUAUCCCAACCGGCCUUGCAGAAAAUGUAAAGAGUCGGGUCAUUGGAAUAAUGCCUGUGAGAAAGAGGGAUUCCAUCCUAUCAGUAACCCAAACCCGGGUGCAGCGCGCGCGAGGAAAGUCAGUUUCCCAGAUGGCCAAAAUAGGGGACAAAUCGAUGCGGCAUAUAAUCAAUAUCAUUCUACUCCCGGAGCACAAGUCAGGACGUGUAGCAUUACCGAAACCCCGCCUGUGGAUUUUGGACAUGCGCAAUUCCAUGCUGGUACGGAGAUGGAGUAUGAGUAUGCCGAUCCUCAGUAUUUCAAUCAUCAGAACCAAAAUCAAAACCAAAACCAAACCCCAGCUCGCGAACACAUCAACCCCAACACCGAUACCCCUGAUUACCUUCCCCAACCCACCCACCAACUCCCCUACCUCACCCAUCCCGAAACCCCCAACCCCGACCAUCCCGACCACCCCGAUUCCUCUUUCUACCAAGCCCGCUACCGCUCCUCCAUCUGCACUCUCUGCCAGGCCUCCGCCCACAAAUCCCACGACUGUCUCACCUACCGCUGGCUCCUACCUCGCACACACAGCGAAUGGCGUCCCCAUCCCAACCUCCAUCAUCCCUCUAAUUCCCUGUAUCCCCGUCCGGAUGGCUACUGGAAAGGCGAUCCGACGAAAAUUCCAAGUAAGAAUACGUAUAUCUGGCCGCAUCCGGGGAAUGUGCAGCAAGGGAGGUAUUGGGGAGAAAAUGAGUGGGAGGGAGGAGGGAGAGAUGUGUGGGUGGGGGAAGAUGAUAGGGAGGGGAUGGGGGGAGAUGGGGGAUGGCGCCUGGUGGGUGUGGAGGGGAGGAGAGUGGAGGCAUGUGUAGGUUUGAUGCGGAGGGGGAUGUGGCAAUGGUGGAUAUUUUGGAUUUGGAGGGUAGGAGGUGGAGGAUUAGGCAGGCGAGGGAAGCGAGGGAGAGGGAGAGGAGGGGGUGGUAGGUGGUAG